AUGUCGGAACCAGCCGCCAAUCCCGCUGCCACCUCGUUCCCAGCGCCAACUAUUUCUCUACCUUUGGGACUGGAAGUCCUGAGAACUUAUUCUGGAGCGCUCGUCUGUUUAGAAAUAGUAAGUGUCGUUUAUGUAAAUAACAACGUUUAAUGUUUCGUUUAUCAGUUUUUCAGUUACCUCAAAUAGGCUGGGGGAAAAAAACAACCUGCACAGUAAAUGUAACUGCAUUAAUAAUUAAUGGUGUGUGUAGACUUUAAACUGUAUUAACCAUUGGCCUGCUGCUGCUGCUACUGCUGGUUCACAGUUGUUCACUCACUGUUCGUCCCUGAGAUUGCCCGAGGCAGGGUUUAUUGCAUGCAUUUGACAGAGCAAGGGCAAAUGUGGCCUCAAGCGACAUCUAAACACCUGUUGACUAAAAAGUGAGGACUGUAAAAUGCCAUUAUGUAUCCUGGACAAUUUAACAAAAAGGUGUCAAUGUUCAUUCUAUCGGUGCCUUUGCAUGGUGCUUCUUAGUUCAGCUCUAUUUGACUGCUUAUCUCUGGGCUGUUUGCAGUUGAAGGCCUGUAUAGAUAGGCCUUCACAUGAAAACAGCCCAUUUCAAUGCAGAGUUGACAUUUACUGAGUCAAAUGCUAAUGCAGGCUAAAACUGUCCUUAUAUUCAGAUGCCUAUAAAUGGUUUUACUUGUAUUUACUUUCUUUUGGAUAUCACCCAAAUAGUCGACAGGUGCAGUGCUUUUCCCAUAUGGCCUUACAAUACCAAAAUAUUGCAUCUAUAGUAGGUGCCACAUUUAAACAUUUACUGAGUCAAAUGCUAAUGCAGGCUAAAACUGUCGUUAUAUUCAGAUGCCUGUAAAUGGUUUUACUUGUAUUUACUUUCUUUUGGAUAUCACCCAAAUAGUCGACAGGUGCAGUGCUUUUCCCAUAUGGCCUUACAAUACCAAAAUAUUGCAUCUAUAGUAGGUGCCACAUUUAAACAUUUAUAGAAAUGCAGGAAAACCUUGCAGAUUUAGCAACAUCUUGACUGAAGCAGGUGGCAAAAUUGAAUAUACCUCACAUCACUCAUACAAGACGGAUUUUUUUUUGUGUCAAAGUGAGAAUAAAGGUUAGUGUUUAUGAGUCAUUUAAGCUCAUACGGCCUCAACUAUUCCUUGAAAAAUGUAUUUUAGUAUGUUUAAAUUUGUAAUUUCCAAAUUCUAAAAACUGGAAAAACUGAGAACACAAUGAUGAGACUGUAAGUCAUUUCCACCAGAAUGUAAGCAUGGAAAACUAGCUCUAGAAAAGCUAAGGACAUGGUACCAAAACAAAUCGACUACAUGAAACUGAUGCACUUUAUUGUACGUUUGCAAAGCUGUAAUGAAAAAGAUUUGAUCCUGAAUAUGUAAAAUCUCAAUCAGCGUGCACAUGUGCAUGAUGACAUGAAGCUUUUGUAAAUAUUCCAGAUAUUUGGUGGCCUGGUAUGGAUCCUGGUGGCCUCCUCCAAUGUGCCUGUGCCCUUGCUGCAGGGCUGGGUGAUGUUUGUCUCCGUCACUGCCUUCUUCCUCUCCACUGCAUACCUCACACUCCUCGUCACUGGCCUGGCCAGCCGCAUCAACACUGAUUGGAAUUUUUUGGUAAGCUGUAGAUAAAUGAGCUGAUCAUAUCACUUAUCUGUCAGUCUGUCUCUCUUGCUAUCUCUCUGUCUGGGCAGCUACGUCUUAGCAGCUGUCAGGUGAAAACCACGCACAAGAUCUAUUUUUUCUAGGGCACCCUCUGCUCCAACAGUGGUGCAGUGGGAUGUUUGAUGGUGAAGUAACACAUGGAAACACAUUGCCUACGCUAUAGAAGUGUCAUCUCCACUGAUUCAUUUGUGCCAAAGCAGAUUCAUAUUAUACACAUUUCUACAUCAGUACAUCAUCAUGGUGACUGGUCUUGGUUUUCUCUCUUGCUAUUGCACAAUAUUUCUUUCAGCAUCUGACAAGCAAAUUAUUUUUUUGACGGUUUGACUGCUGAGAGAUUAUGCAACAUAAAAAAAAUACUGCUGACUAUUAUAUAAGUUUCAAUGUGAGGAACAAAAAAGAAAUCCAUGACUAACUCACCACAACAUAGCACUUCUCAAAGUGUGGAAACACAUUCUCAGAAAAGAUGCACAUGUGGGGGAUUUGUGUCAUUAUGUGACUCACAGUAUUACAACAGCAAACAGAUCUGUCAUGCAUCUUUUUUUCUUAUAUUGAAAUUACAAACAUUUUCAAUUCUAUCAAAAAUAUCAUCAAUUUUUCUGUAUGAAACAACCUUUUAUUGCAGUAACUGGAGUUGUGCCAAUAAUUAUGCACUGAUUCACUAUCGUUAAGGGUGGCCAUGUGUCAUGUUACUCAUUCAAAGAGGAGCAGUUACAGCCCCCAUCAUGACCAGUUUCAGUCAUCUGAAAAGUCUAUCACCAUGUACUGAUUGAUUUGGUACCAAUGUAGGCCACAGGUAUAAGAUCUAUAUUCCACUAGUUGAACUUUUCUGUAAAGUACUCUUAAACUUGUGUAAUCAAGUGGCUCCAAAAUAUCCACAUCAAGCUGUAAGAUCUGGAGAAGGAGACAGAGAAUCAGAAGCAAGGACACAUUACAGCAAAAAAGCAACAGCCAACAAAGUCCUUACAGGUCUUCCCAAACUGCGAUACUAUUUAUAAUUGGCCACAUCCAAAUUUGAGGCAGAAACCUCAAUGAUAUUGUACGAAGUAAACCAGAGCUGCAGUUAUUAGAUAACAUCAUCGACAGAAGAUGAACAGUGACAUCUUUCCCUCGUUUUAAAACCCAAGUGAAAAUACUUGACAUUUGAACUAAAACAUGUCAGACAUUUAACGAUCUGAGUAUCCAGAUGUUGCUGUUGUUCUUCAAGUUAUGUCAGAAUAAAAUAAUUCUCUGUGUUUGUUGGUCAAAACAAGAUAUUGAAUGUCAAAACAAUGGACUUGUAAAAGUUAUGAUGGCAGUUGCCUGCUAUCUCUAGGCCAGCUGGUAAAUCAAUUAAAUGAACAAACAAGCUGUAAAGAAACCAGUCGUGAGAGUUGUUAUUAGCUACAGCCUUUAUGCAAAAUAGCUCAGCCUGUUCCAACUGCGCAGUGCAGUAUUUGGAUAAAAGAAGUGUGGCUGAAGAUGCUACAUGUUAGCACACUGCUUCAGGUAACUAAUGAUAAUAUAAAGAAGUGUGAGCAUGUCCCACCUUCUUGUUUUGUCCUUUUUUGUGACUCUGUGUCAAGUGUGGGCUCUCCUUGCCUCGGGCUCAGGGCUUUGCUCCCAGGAGUAGUCGGGCGUGAGGGGUUGUUUGUUUUCAGCCGAACAAUGAGAGACAUGGAUGAUGAGCUCACACCAAAAAGCAACAAAGGCCUGCCUGUAUUCCUGGCAGGGUUGCACAGUUGACCACACAAACUCUCAUUAACCUUCUUUACUUUCUGAGGCGCCUUCUCUUCCCCACUGCUUCUUACAUCCCUGUCUUUGUCUCUUUGAUUUCUUUGUAUGAAGCUUUCAAAUACAAAAAAUUUUACCCUCUUAUUUCUAUCUUGUUUUUUUUUAAGUUCUAACCAUGUGGUUCUUUGUAUUUGUUGUAAACUUUUGAUUCCUUGACAAGCUGGUUUGUUUCAUAAAUUACAGAGUGCAGGUAUCUGCAGUGACCAGUACACUUUGUUUAGUGACAUGUAAACAAAAAGUCAUCCUGCAAGUUUACAGAAAAAAGAAAAAACACAACCUCAUGAUGCAAAUGUCUGCUUUGUCUACACUUGCGGCCAUCAAUUCUUGUUUGAUCGUGUUGUUUUUUAAUGCCUUUCUUUAUUUUCCCAGGACGUGUUUUACCAUUUUUUGGCUGUGCUUUUCUACUUUGCUGCCUUUGUACUGGAGGCAGCAACUACAGCCGCUAAUGGAGGAGCCCACAUCAACCCACUGCCCAACAGCACUGAAACUGUCUUGUGCAUUACCUACCCACGGGGCAACAUAUUCACAGUCCUCACUGGCCAUCAAUACAGUAUUAAUGUGGCAGCCACGGUGAGUGCUGUGUACGAUUACACCAUGGCAUUUAAAUCCAUAUUAGCAUGGCACACCCACCGUGAUAAUGGAAAUUCUUUUUGCAUUUUGCAUGCACCAAUUAAUUGCAUGUAGCAUAUGCUCAUAACUGAACCAAAAAAUGUUGACAGGCUUAUAGUAGACUGUCCUCUGUUAGACAAAAGCCUUAGGUCAUUAAACAGUAUCUAGUGUUCAGCUUCACAAGCAGAUUUUUUCUCGAAUGUGGAACUUGAAAAAAUAAAUAAAAAAAUUUUUUUUCUGUGCUUAGAUUUUGUAUUCAGUACUGAGUGCAUUUAGCAAAAGUUAACCAUUUGUGAAUGAACUCUGUAGCCUUCUUUAAAUGAGUUGAGUUAGCUGUUAUGACGCACAUUUAAAUCAGCAUUUCCUCUGAUGGAGAAGUAAAGCAAUGUGAACAGGACCUCAUGAAUUGGCACCACACUUAACUGGGAUCUUGUGCAAUGUGAAAAUCUAGCCGUUGGCACUUUCUUUACCAUUUAUCUCUCCUUCAAUAGCAGCAGGCAGUGUUUCCUGAAGUGUUUAAAUUUUUCUGUUCAAGCCCACAGUUAAUGUUUAACUUUUCCUGCCUUUUCUCAGCUGUUUUUUCUCAGCUUUUUUUAUAUGAAACAUCAAAUUUACUAGACUUCUUUUAUGCACCAAUAUAAAAACAAUACUUGGCCGUAGCAAAGGUCUACUAUCUAGCAGUUGUAGACUGUUGCUCAGAAAUAUUGCUUUUGAAUAACCAAUCAGGAUCAAAUACUCAUUACAGAUGGGAUAAUGAGAUAUGUAAUAGAUAAAUAAUCAUGUCACUUAAAAAAAUACAUUUGAUUGGUUUGUUUUGAUUUUUCUGACUGUCUUUCUCUCCUUUUCCCCUCUGUCCCAGAUUUUCGCCUUUGUGGUGACACUGUGUUAUGCCUGCAGUUUAGCGAUGGGCUUCAAAAGAUGGAGGGUGUAA